AUGGCUGCUGCCUCCCCACCAACCCCUCUCGACCUCCUCGACCCAGACGCGCUCGCCAACCCACAAUACACAUUCGGCACUCUCGCCGCCGAAGGCGACCUUCUCGCCCAACGCGGCUCCUUUGCCGAAGCUAUCGAAGCAUACACAAAAGCCCUCACCUUACGUCCCGGUGACAAGCACGUCCUCGUCUCUCGAUCCAAGUGCCACGUCCAGGUCGGAUCCCCGCGCUCUGCACUGGAAGAUGCAGACAGUGCGCUGAAAGAAGAUGGGAGUUUCUUCAAAGGGGUGUUUAUGAAGGCUGAAGCAUUAUAUGCGCAGGGAGAUUUCGAGCUGGCCCUGAUGCACUAUCAUAGAGGACAUGCGCUAAGGCCUGAGUUGGCUGAGUUUCGGAUUGGAAUUCAGAAGGCACGAGAAGCAAUCGAAAACUCUGUUGGGGGACAAGGCCGUUUCCGUAUCCGGGUCCCACAACGCAUCCGCAAAACAAUCGCACUCGCAUCCACCACCAACUCCCUCCCCACCCAAUCCUCCACAAUCCCAGGCUCCAAUGCCAAAACAACCGCACCACCAACCCUCAUAAUCCCAUCUCCAAUCACCAUCCCAGCAUCUCUCGAAGUCCGCUUACUCGGUGAAUUAUUCGAAGAUAAAGUCUAUCUCGCUGGUCUAGCCCAAGAUCGUGAUUUCUCUGAUUUCCCUAACGAUGGAGUCACCGCGCUUGCAAAGGAAGGGCUAAGGUAUUUGAAUACGAGGGUUGAUUUCUGGAGGCAGCAGAAUCCGGGGACAAAAGUUACCGGCAACAGGAAGGUUGUCGUUGAUGGCAAGGAUGAGAAGAGUAAGAAGGCGAAGGUUGGGAAGGAGGUGAAGAAGAAGGAGGGUGUUCAUUCGUGA